AUGGGAAAUGCUUGUACGUGUCAAGUUUCUAUUGGACGAAAAGUGUAUGAUGCUGAUGACUCUGAUUCAAAUAAUUCAAAUGAUUAUUUACCAUAUAGAUAUGGACAUUGUGGAGCCAAGGUUAUGUUAAGUGGAUCCUCUAAAUUUGUAUCAAUGUAUUCCCAAAAGGGUCAAAAAGAAGUGAAUCAAGAUGCAAUGACAGUUUGGGAGAACUUCACUGGAGAAAAAGACAUGAUAUUUUGUGGUGUGUUCGAUGGUCAUGGUCCUCAAGGGCACAAAUAUGCACAAACCAUAUGCAAUAAUCUUCCUUCAAAACUCUCCACAUCAAUCAAAAUGUCACAGCAAAUUAGUAAGAGCCAACUUGGAUUGGAUAUCAAUGGUGAUGAAAACCAAAACAUGCCUUGUGUUUCAUGGGAGGGAAGCUUUUUGAAGUCUUUUAGUGAAAUGGAUAGAGAUCUUGCUCAGAACGUUUACAUUGGUAGCUUUAGUGGCGGUAGCACUGCUGUCACUAUAGUUAAGCAGGAAAAUCAGUUGAUAAUUGGUAAUUUAGGAGAUUCUCGUGCAAUUCUUUGCACAAAAACAGAUGACAAUUUUCGAAUUCCUAUUCAACUUACCGUUGACCUAAAACCAAAUAUUCCAAGUGAAGCUUCAAGAAUAACUAAGUGUGGAGGCAGAAUCUUUCCAUCAAAAGAUGAUCCAAGUGGUAUAAAUAGAAUAUGGAUGGCUGAAGAAGAUUGUCCUGGCUUGGCUAUGACAAGAUCAUUUGGAGAUUUCUGCCUAAAAGAUUAUGGUCUCAUCUCAGUUCCUGAUGUAAUCUAUAGAAGAAUUAACAAACAAGAUGAAUUUGUGGUUUUGGCCUCUGAUGGAAUAUGGGAUGUGCUAACAAAUGAAGAAGUAAUUAACAUAAUUAGUUCAGCAAGGAAGAGGUCAGAAGCAGCAAAAACAUUAGUAAAGCAUGCCCUUCAAGCCUGGAAAGUCAAGUGUCCUAAUGCUGCAGUUGAUGAUUGUACAGCUAUAUGUUUGUUCUUGAAUAAUUAACUAUAAUGAAAUUUAAAAGAAUGAUAGAAUGGACCCCAAAUUCCAACUCACAAGGAACAAAAAGUGAUAAUUUAAAGGAAUUAGGUCAAAUCAAUUCUGUUCCACACAUUAUAUAACAAAUAUGGAUAAUCUUCAAUUUGCUGCAGUUGUGAAAUUCCAGAAUAUAAUUCAAAGAUAGAUAGAGGAUAUGCUGAUGUCUAUUUUUUUUUUUUUCGGUUACAUGCUGAUGUCUAUUUAUUUUGUUGCUGUGUUAACAUGUAGGAGGUUUUUUUUUUUUUCAUUUUGGGUCAGGUUGGACAAGUUUUCAUAUGGGCCUGCUACUAGGCCUUAGAAUUUCCCUUCAUGUUGUAUUAUUCUUCAGCAGAGAAGAAUAAAAUUUUCAAACUUAGACUAGUCUAAUUUUAUUAGUGUGUUUAAGUAAGUAUUAGAUGUUAAAAUUCUGCUUUAUACAUACAGUAAUUUAUUAGCUAACAGCAAAUCCUUAAAUAAAACUC